UACAGUUAACAACUGCAAGGCGUUUCGCCGCUAAUAUGCCUCCUUUUUUCCCUCGCAAUUAACUAAACCCUAAACCUUCCGCUGCUUCUCUUUCUCUCCUUCAACCUCGCCCAACAUCUGUUCGGGUCCGCCUUCGUCGCUGGUUACUUAUCGCCGUUUGCUGUGAAACUCAGUGAUGCUCUUGUCUUCUCGCCCAUUUCAGUCGCUCAGUCUCUGAAAAUCAGUUUGCCACGUGCGUAAAGCUGUUUUACUGCUACGGAAGCAAAGUCUACUUGUGUGUACCAAAUGGGCAAUUCGGAAAAGAGAGAGAAGAAAAUGAAAGCGGAGAAGAGAAAAGGUGAAGAGAGAAGCACCAAAGAAGUUGAACAGAAGAAGAAAAAGCACAAGGAAAUAUUCCCUUACGGUAACUACAGAAACUACUAUGGAUAUCGGCUAGGUCAGGACAUUGAGGAAGAUCCUAGACUAAAGGUCAUGAAGAAAGAAUGGUUUGAAGGCAAGGACUGUCUUGACGUCGGCUGCAAUAAUGGAAUUAUAACCAUUCAGAUUGCCAAAAAGUUUCAUUGCCAAAGCAUUCUUGGAGUAGACAUUGAUUCAAAUCGCAUUGAAGAUGCAUAUUGGCACCUGAGAAAAUUUGUAAAGAUAGACAGUGCUGGAAAGAUACACGGAAAGGAUUCAAAAUCAAAGGAUUCUGAAGAUGCAAACGGUCUAGGGAAUAACAUCACAGCAUCAUCAGAUGAGGAGACCAAACAGAAUUUGAAGAUUAGUACCACUCUGCCAAAAAAUCUAUCUGACAUAGUAUCUUUCCGACAAGAAAAUUUUGUCCAGAGUCGUCAUCCUCCGGAGAAGUUUUAUGAUGCAAUUUUAUGUUUAAGUGUUUCAAAGUGGAUUCAUCUGAACUGGGGUGAUGAUGGAUUAAUUACAUUAUUUUCAAAGAUCUGGAAGCUGCUUAAUCCGGGUGGAAUAUUUGUACUGGAACCGCAGCCUUGGAAAUCAUACGACAACAAUCGUCGUGUAUCUGAGACAACUGCAGAAAAUUUUAAGAAGAUUAUCUUCCGGCCAGAAUGUUUUCAAGAGUUACUUCUUGACAAGAUUGGUUUUAGAACAGUGGAGGAUGUAACUUCUGGCUUGUCUGGCAGCAAAACUGGAUUCGACAGACCAAUUUUUGUGUUCAGAAAAUGAUUGACCUUUGAUUAUUAUGUGUUAAGUAUCUCAAGCAACACAUAUGUUGUUGGGGAUGGUUGAUUUGAUCUUAAGCAUGCCACAACCAAACCAACUAUUUUGCAUAAAAUUAUAAAAUUUUGGAUGAUGAGCUCGAACUUGGAAGAUCUUCAGUUUGUGCAUUGAGCUAACAACUCUCGGAAAGCCUAAACUUUGUACAUAAGCAUAUUUUGCAGUACUGGCCUGAUACCCAAUAUUUUUGUGAGUAUAUGAGCAAAAUAGGAUCCUAUAUUCUGCUAAAUACAUGUAUGCAGUAUGCUAAGAUUGCUCUUUGUAUCUUCUAAAUAUAAGUUACUUGUGUACAUGUAUUAUUUAUAUAUAGGAUCCCAGCCGUCCUUUAUGUCCAA